AUGAGGCGCGGCGUCUCGGCRGCAGCCUGGGUGAGCGCGGUGCUGCUGGCGACGCUGCGGCUGGUGGCAGGCGGGUCAUCRGUCGGGGGGCCGGGGCGGCUGGUGGGGAUGCUGCCGCGGUCCCCCCUGCCGCCCCUUCACGUYCGUCGGGACAUCACGCGAGUGUCCUGCCCUGCCGGCACGCGCUGGAGCGAGCGGGGCCGCCGCUGCUGCACCCCGUGCCCCGCAGGCACCUUCCUGCGCUCGCCCUGCACCAGCCGUGUCAACGACAGUGUCUGCGAGCCCUGUCCCGCUGGCACCUUCCACUCGCUGUCCAACACUGCCCUGUCGUGCAAGGCCUGCUACGAGUGCGACCGCCAAGCCUUGCAGAGCGUGCUGAGCAACUGCUCGGCCACCAGCAACAUCGUCUGCAGCUGCGAGGCCGGCUACUACAAGGAGUGCAUUGACAACCGCUGCAGCAACUUCCACUGCCGCGAGUGCCGCACGUGCGCCGGGAGCCUCGUGGACCGCCCGUGCUCGCUGGCGCAGGACACGCAGUGCGGGAGUUGCAAGCCCAACUUCUACGCAGAGGGCGGCAAGUGCCACCCGUGCCCGCCGCGCGACGCGGACGCGUGCGGCGAGGAGUGCCAGCGGGCGUGCGUGCGGCACCGAGGCGCGGGGCUGGAGUACCUGCUGCUUGGGCUGGCCGGGCCGCUCUUCCUGGGCGCCCUUGCCAUCUACCACAAGCGGCUGCGGCAGGACGCCUCCGGCUGCAGCCCUCUGCCCGCCUCCCCGCGCCGCAGCAGCCCGGACCCUGCGCCUGAGCCCACGCCUGGCCCUGCAGCCAAGCCCGGCCCUGGCCCCAGACCCGGCCCCAUGGCCGGCCGUGCCAUGCAGAGCUGCUGCGGUGAGCUGGGUUCGGCACCGCUGGUGCCUGCGGCUCAUGUGGAGGAGGCAGCGCAGCAGAGCCUGCUGAGUGCAGGGGUCAGCAGCUGCCGGGAGCCCCGGUGCCACCAGCCUGGUCCCGCCACCGCCGUCCUCCCUGAGACCAUGGCCCUGCUGCAGUGGUGCCGUCCGCACCUGGGCGCCCAGCCCAAGCACCUGCUGCAGGGCAGCCAGCUCUAUGCCAUCAUCGACGCCGUGCCGCUGCGGCGCUGGAAGGAGUUCAUGCGGGUGCUGGGGCUGCGGGACACCGACAUCGAGGUGGUGGAGCUGGAGUUCGCCCAUGUGCGCGACCAGCAGUACGAGAUGCUCAAGCGCUGGGGCCAGCAGAGCAGCGCCUCGCUCAGCCACGUCUUUGCCGCCCUGGAGCGCAUGGAGCUGGAGGGCUGCGCCCAGGCGCUGCGCCUGCGCCUGCAGGACUGCCCUUGA